GAGAAAGGACGAAAGAAGAAAUCGGAGCGGAGAUGCCAGGCCUGACGCUCGGCGACACCGUCCCCAACCUCGCCGUCGACACCACCCACGGCAAGAUGAAGCUCCACGACUUCAUCGGCGACGCCUGGACCAUCCUCUUCUCUCAUCCCGGGGACUUCACGCCCGUGUGCACGACGGAGCUCGGGAAGAUGGCGGCGUACGCGCCGGAGUUCGAGCGGAGAGGGGUGAAGCUCCUGGGCCUGUCCUGUGACGACAUCGAGUCGCACAAGGCGUGGAUCAAGGACAUAGAGGCCUUCACGGUUUUAUCUAAUUUGGUUCAUUGUGAUCGCCGAUCUAAGCCUGGGGCCAAGGUGACGUACCAGAUAAUCGCCGACCCGAACAGAGAGAUCAUCAGAGAGCUCAACAUGGUUGACGCGGAUGAGAAAGACGCCUCAGGGAAGGAAGUUCCUUCAAGAGCUCUGCACAUCGUCGGCCCUGAUAAGAAGAUCAAGCUGAGUUUCCUCUACCCGGCGAGCACGGGGAGGAACAUGGACGAGGUGGUGAGGGUGCUCGAGUCCCUGCAGAGGGCGGCCAAGCACAAGAUCGCCACCCCGUGCAACUGGAAGCCGGGGGACCCAGUUGUCAUCUCGCCGUCCGUCUCCAACGAGCAGGCGAAGGAGAUGUUCCCGCAGGGCUUCAAGACCGCCGAUCUCCCGUCCAAGAAGGAUUACCUCCGCUUCACUCACGUCGAUUAAGCUCCGCCCCUGCUCCGGCGUUCAGCCCGCCUUCGUUGCUAAGACUGGAGCAGUUAG